UGAUAGAGGAACUCAGCAAACAUGAAGAACGUCUGACUGUAAACUCACAGCUUUGAUGAAACGGGAGUUCAGCGUUAUAACACACAAUGACCGAGUGUUGUCACACAGAUUUGACGGUGGAGGAGCAGAUGGAGAUCGAGCGGCUGAAGAUGCACAAGCAGGUUCUGCUGGAGGACAUUGAGAAACUGAAGAACCAGAUUGAAAACGUGAUGGCAGAUAUUCAGGAUUUCAAGUCGGCAGAAGACAAUAAGAUGCUGGAGAGGGAGAAACGCUUCUGUAGUGGCAAGAAGAAGUUCAACAUGGAUCCUAAAAAGGGAAUCAAGUAUCUGGUGGACAACGAGCUUCUGGAGUGGAAACCAGAGCGAGUGGCAGAGUUUCUGUAUAAAGAGGAAGGACUGAAUAAGACGGCCAUCGGAGACUUCCUGGGAGAGAGGGAGGAGAUGCACCUGCAGAUUCUCAAGGCGUUUGUGGACCUGCACGAGUUUUCGGAUCUCAACCUGGUCCAGGCGUUACGGCAGUUCCUGUGGAGUUUCCGUCUGCCGGGAGAAGCGCAGAAGAUCGACCGCAUGAUGGAGGCUUUCGCCACACGUUACUGUAACUGCAACGUCAACGUCUUCCAGUCCACAGACACGUGUUACAUCCUUUCGUUUGCCAUCAUCAUGUUGAACACGAGUCUUCACAACCCCAGCGUGAAGGACAAGACCCCGCUGGAGAGAUUCAUUAGCAUGAACCGCGGGAUCAACAACGGAGAGGAUCUUCCCGACGACCUCCUGACGAAUCUGUUCAACAGCAUACGGAACGAACCCUUCAAAAUCCCAGAGGAUGAUGGGAAUGAUCUCACACACACCUUCUUCAACCCCGACCGCGAGGGCUGGCUGCUCAAACUGGGCGGCCGUGUGAAGACCUGGAAGAGGCGAUGGUUCAUCCUCACUGAUAACUGCCUGUAUUAUUUUGAAUACACCACAGACAAGGAGCCGCGCGGGAUCAUUCCUCUGGAGAAUCUGUGUGUGAAGGAAGUGCUCUUUCCCCGGAAGCCGUAUUGUUUAGAGCUGUAUAACCCCAACAGUCGAGGUCAGAAGAUCAAGGCGUGUAAAACAGAGACAGACGGGCGAGUGGUGGAGGGAAAACACCAGUCCUACAGCAUCUGUGCUUCUACAGCGGAGGAGAGAGACCAGUGGAUCGAGUCCAUCAGGUGUGUGUGUGUGAGUGUGUGUGUGUGUCAGUCCUACAGCAUCUGUGCUUCUACAGCGGAGGAGAGAGACCAGUGGAUCGAGUCCAUCAGGUGUGUGUGUGUGUGUGAGUGUGUGUGUGUGUCAGUCCUACAGCAUCUGUGCUUCUACAGCGGAGGAGAGAGACCAGUGGAUCGAGUCCAUCAGGUGUGUGUGUGUGUGUGUGUGUGUGAGAGUGUGUGUGUGUGUGAGUGUGUGUGUGUGUGUCAGUCCUACAGCAUCUGUGCUUCUACAGCGGAGGAGAGAGACCAGUGGAUCGAGUCCAUCAGGUGUGUGUGUGUGUGUGUGAGUGUGUGUGUGUGUGUGUGUCAGUCCUACAGCAUCUGUGCUUCUACAGCGGAGGAGAGAGACCAGUGGAUCGAGUCCAUCAGGUGUGUGUGUGUGUGUGUGUGUGAGAGUGUGUGUGUGUGUGAGUGUGUGUGUGUGUCAGUCCUACAGCAUCUGUGCUUCUACAGCGGAGGAGAGAGACCAGUGGAUCGAGUCCAUCAGGUGUGUGUGUGUGUGUGUGAGUGUGUGUGUGUGUCAGUCCUACAGCAUCUGUGCUUCUACAGCGGAGGAGAGAGACCAGUGGAUCGAGUCCAUCAGGGCCAGCAUUACAAAGGAUCCCUUCUAUGACCUCGUGUCCAUCAGGAAGAAGAAAGUCAUCAACAAAGUUCCAGAGAAAUGAUCGAAGCGCCGGCGUGACUGAACACAGCACACACACACCAGAACAGUGUUAUGCACACGCAGGGACACAUCUUCCUCUCUCCGCAGGUUUAAUGGAUGACACACUUCACUCUCCGGAA